GUCAAAUAGCCAUCUACACACUCCAACGUUGAAUAAUGCUUGAAAUGUCGUUGGUAACCCGCCCAAUUCCUAGGACCUUUCAUGUAGACCGUACCCACCACCUCCGCCGCGCCCCUUCCUCCCUUUUAACUUUCGUAUAUUCAUAGCUCAGCUCCAAGCUUACAAACUUGUACAAAUCCAUUAAUCUUUAUCUACAAUUAAUGUCAGUUUCUUGCGGAGUAGAGUGGGCGGUGAUAUUAGGCUGCCUGCGUUGGGGGUGGAAGCGCUGCACCUACGUCGGCUCAGACGACAGCGCCAACUGGCCUAUUGCCACGCCCGAGGAAUUCGAGCCUAUCCCACGAGUUUGUCGCAUUAUUCUAUCGGUCUAUGAACCAGACCUCCAUGACCCUCUAUACACCCCGCUCGGUGGCUACCGGCUCAACCCGAACUGGGCCAUCAAGCGCGUUGACUACGAGCAAACACUAGGCCACGCGCCGCCUUACUUAAUCUACAUCGACCACGAUAACAAAGAGAUUGUAUUAGCCAUUAGGGGAUUGAAUUUAGUUAAAGAUAGUGAUUACAAAUUGUUGCUGGAUAAUCAAUUGGGAAUGCAGAUGUUUGAUGGGGGAUAUGUUCAUCAUGGAUUGUUGAAAUCUGCUAUAUGGAUUUUGAAUAACGAAUCGGAAUUUUUGAGGAGAACUUGGGAGGAGAAUGGGAAAGAAUAUAAGAUGGUUUUUGCAGGGCAUUCAUUAGGUGCAGGGGUUGCAUCAUUGCUGAGUUUGAUUGUGGUGAACCAUACAGAUAUGUUGGGAGGGAUUUCUCGGAAUUCGGUGAGGUGCUAUGCAGUGGCACCUGCGCGGUGUAUGUCUCUCAACUUGGCUGUUAAGUAUGCUGAUGUUAUAUAUUCCGUCGUGCUGCAGGAUGAUUUCUUGCCAAGAACACCCACCCCAUUGGAAGAUAUAUUUGAAUCCAUCUUUUGUUUGCCCUGCCUAUUAUUUAUUGCCUGCUUGAGGGAUACCUUCAUAUCCGAAGAUAAAAAGCUCAGAGAUCCAAGAAGACUCUAUGCACCUGGUCGAAUCUAUCACAUUGUGGAAAGAAAAUGUUGCAGAUGUGGGAGGUAUCCUCCAGAGGUCAGAACCGGAAUCCCUGUAGACGGAAGAUUUGAACAUGUAGUCUUAUCGUGUAAUGCUACAUCAGAUCAUGCAAUUAUUUGGAUAGAACGAGAGGCAGAAAAUGCCUUAGAAAGACUGAAAGAGCAGAGUAUGGAGACCAUAAUGAACCCACCACAAGUCCAGAAACUUACAAGGACGCAAACACUCAAAAAAGAACACAGAGAUGCAUUGGACAGAGCCAUUAGAUUGAACAUACCUCAUGCUUCAACCACCGCUGAAGAAGAAAAAGAAGAAGAAUCAUCCUCAGAAUCUUCAACUGCGGAACAUUCUCAGGAUGACAGAAGAAAUUCCUCAGUAGCUAAAAGAAUGCAUUGUAAAAAUGCUCAAACUAGUUGGAAUGAAGUGGUUGAGAAGCUUUUCAAGAGGAACGAGUCCAGACAAUUGCUAUUGCAAGAAGAUGCACCUGUUAUUGAGUAAACCCUCUUUCUGCUCUUUCUUUUCUAGGAUUUGGUUUAAGGUGUUUCCAUCCUUCCUCUUCUUGGUUCUCUCACUAUGUGUUUGUUUAUGUACAUAAAAGAUUAGCGUAUCAUUAGUUGUGCAUGAGUUUUGCUAGGCUAGGGUGUACAAUAUUUGGUUCGUUCAAAUGUAAGAUGCGAUACUGUAAUAAGAUAUUACUUUUUCAUCGUAAUAGAUAAUUCAUUCAUCA